AGGCAACACCAUGGGAUUGCAGGGAUGGCUGCUGGCUCUUCUUUUUCUUUGGAUGGUGCAUGAGGGGUACGGUGCUGACCCCCAUGGCUUCCUGAGAAGCCCCCUCCCCUGGGCUCAGCAUGAUAUAGGGCAGACCCCGGCGGUGGCUGUGCACUGUGAGGAGGCUCUGCUGGUGGUGACCGUGCAGAGAGACUUGUUUGGGACCGGACGGCUGAUCCGGGCUGACGAUGUGACGCUGGGCCUGGCUGCCUGUCCCCCUGUGGACUCCAACCCCAUAGAUACCACUGUCACCUUUGAGAUUGGGCUCCAUGAGUGUGGCACCGAGCUGCAGAUGACAUCAGAUUCGCUGAUCUACAGAACGGUCCUCUACUACACCCCGAGCCCAGCCCGGAACCCCCUUAUAAUGAGGACCAACCCGGUGUCCAUCCCCAUCGAGUGCCACUACCCCAGGAAGGACAACGUGAGCAGCAGAGCCAUCCAGCCCACCUGGAUUCCCUUCCGCUCCACGCUAUGGGCAAAGGAGAGGCUGGGCUUCUCCCUGCGCCUCAUGGCUGAUGACUGGAGUAUGGAGAGGAGCUCCCUAUCCUUCCAGCUGGGGGAAAUCCUUCACAUCCAAGCUGAUGUCCAGACUGGCCACCAUGUGCCACUCAGGCUUUUUGUUGACCACUGUGUUGCCACCCCAAUGCCAGACAAGGCUUCCACUCCCCAAUACAGGGUCAUCGACUUCAAUGGGUGCCUGGUGGAUGGGAGAUGGGAUGAGGUCUCCUCAGCAUUCCUCUCCCCUAGAUCCCAACAGGACACACUGCGCUUCACAGUUGAUGUGUUUCGGUUUGCCGGAGAGCUGGGGAACCAGAUCUUCAUCACCUGCCACCUGAAAGUGACUGCUACUGACCAGACCCCUGAUGCCCUGAACAAGGCCUGUUCCUAUGACCAAGCAGCUGGAGGCUGGACUCCAUUGGAGGGCCCCAGUAUUAUCUGCAGCUGCUGUGAGACAGGGAAUUGCAAACACUUUCUCCAGAAGAGGAGACUUGGCCCCCAAGGCAGGAGGUCAGGAAGGCACCAGAGACAUGUGACUUCUCUUGAAGCUGAUGUCCUGCUGGGCCCCUUGCAGCUGCCUGAGAAGAACCUUGUGAAAUCAGUAGUGACCCCUCAAACCUCUAAAGGGCCAACGGAGCUGGGGCUGGUGGUAGCUACCAUGGUGGCUGUGGCCUGCAGUGGGGGCCUCCUCCUACUCCUUCUCCUCCUCAAUCACAAGGGGCACAGAAGCACUGCUCCUGUUUUCCCUGCCAGCACUCCUUCUGUGUAAAAGAAUAAAAGUAGCUCAAAAAA